UGCGCCACGCCCAUUUGGUGGCGUCAUCAGGUCUGGAAACGGGAUACUGGGAGAACAGGAAGAUCCCAAAAGCGUUCCUCUCCAUCUCCGAGCACACAUUCUAUUCACGUGAAGGUCUGACUGAUUUGAUUCUGGACGGAGCUCCAUCUGUCGUAGACGUGUGUUUUACAGGGGCUCACUAAAGAUGUGGAAGGCAGCAGCAGGGCAGUCAGUCAAGAUGACUGUGGAUGAUGGAGGUGACGACUGGGAGACGGACCCUGACUUUGAGAAUGAUGUGUCUGAGAAGGAGCAGCGCUGGGGUGCCAAGACAGUAGCUGGUUCUGGACAUCAGGGGCACAUAAAUAUCCACCAGCUGCGUGAAACCGUGUCAACUGAGCAUACGAGCUUGAAACAGCAGGAGUUGGACAACAUGCCCAAGGCCUCGCAUGGAUAUGGAGGAAAGUUUGGGGUGCAGCAGGACCGCAUGGACAAGUCUGCUGUGGGACAUGAAUACCAGAGCAAGUUAUCCAAGCACUGCUCCCAGACCGAUAACUGCAAGGGCUUUGGAGGGAAGUAUGGAGUUCAAGCUGACCGUGUAGACCAGUCUGCGGUUGGCUUUGAGUAUGCUGGGAAAACAGAGAAGCAUGCUUCACAGAAAGACUACAACACCGGAUUUGGGGGGAAAUAUGGUGUACAGGCAGAUCGUGUUGACCGGAGCGCGGUGGGCUUUGAUUACCAAGGCAAAACUGACAAACAUGAGUCCCAGAAAGAUUAUACUAAGGGUUUUGGCGGGAAGUUUGGCGUGGAGACCGACAAAGUGGACAAGAGUGCUGUGGGCUUUGAGUACCAGGGCAAAACCGAAAAGCACGAGUCUCAGAAAGACUAUGUCAAAGGUUUUGGAGGCAAAUUCGGUGUACAGACAGACCGGCAGGAUAAAUCUGCUCUGGGAUGGGACCACCAGGAGAAUCUACAGCUCCAUGAGUCCCAGAAAGACUAUAAGCGUGGGUUUGGAGGGCAGUAUGGGGUAGAGGUGGAGAGGCAGGACCAGAGUGCCCUGGGCUAUGAGUACAAGGAGCACCUGGCCAAGCAUGGGUCACAGAAAGAUUACUCCAAAGGGUUUGGAGGAAAAUUUGGUGUCCAGAAUGACCGGAUGGAUAAGAGUGCAAGCACAUUCGAGGAUGUUGAGAAGCCCAAAUCAUCUUACCAGAAAACUAGACCUGUGGAGGCUGCUGGCAGCAGCACAGGAAGUAUUAAAGCCCAGUUUGAGAAUAUUGCCAGGCAGAAGGAGGAAGAGGACAGAAAGAGAGCUGAAGAUGAGCGAACACGUCGGCAGGCUAAGGAGAAACAGGAGCAAGAGGAGGCACGACGUAGAAUUGAAGAGCGGGCCAAAGCGCCCUCUCCGGUUCCUGUUCCAGCGAGCCCCAGUCCCACUCCGGUUACUUUUGCAGCGAGCCCCAGUCCCACUCCGGUUCCUGUUGCAGCAAGCCCCAGUCCCACUCCGAGCCCAACUUCACCUGUCCAGCCUGCUCUCUCUUCAACAUACGAGAAUGCAGAUGUUACCUACGAUGUUGCUGAUGAGAAUGGAGAGCAACUGUAUGGACGAGAACCACAGGGUCACUACGAACAGCCAGAAGUGCUUUAUCAGACCCCUGCUGAAGAGGGGCAGCAGUAUGCGAUUGGUGAGGACGCCGGGGUGACCGCGGUUGCCCUGUAUGACUACCAAGCAGCUGGCGAAGAUGAGAUCUCCUUUGAUCCCGAUGACAUCAUCACCAACAUUGAGAUGAUCGACGAAGGCUGGUGGCGUGGUGUUUGCAGAGGGGCUUACGGUCUUUUCCCUGCCAAUUACGUUGAAGUACGGCAAUGAUAUCACUCUGCCGAAAGAGGAGAGGCUGUUAAAUUCCUACUUUUCAUGCUUUGGUCUCCUUUCUUUUCUGAGUGCUUCAACACUGUGCAAGACAUCGUAGGUCUUCUAAAUCAGCCUUUGCGCCUUUUUCCAUCACACAAGUGAUUUUUAUGAUGAUGAUUUUGUCUGUGUGCAGUACACAAACUUACUUGAGAAUGAAUCAACACCCGGAAAACAAAAAUAAAUAAAUAAAUAAACUAGGCCUAAAAAAAAAAAAAAAAAAAAAAAAAAAAGUUAAAGCUUUGGCUGCAUUGGUCUCCAAAAAAAAAAAAGUACUGCACCUAUUAAGUUUAGUUUUACCAAAGAUGUGUGUUGACAAAAAUAUCUGGUGACCACCCUCACUCUCAAUUGAGACAAGGGGAUAUGCUGAUAUAUGUCCAGUACAGCCCACCAGGGACCAAAACAAUAAUAAUGCUUACCUUCAUUGCAUCCCCCCGAACACACUUUUAACUUAAACUGUUUUUGAUAAGCAUAAAAAUCUUUGACUUUGUUUUGAAGUUAAUGCAGUAUGCUAAUCUGCUUUAGUCCACCAUUGUUGGUUCAUUGUUUCUUCUUUAAGAUGUUCAGAUUUAAGGGGCAAUUUAUGUAAAUGGAAAUAACAGUACACUACAGCUCAUUGUUGAUUACUGUUGAUACCAUGAGUCAUGUGCAGAGAAAUUAAAGAGUUACGAUGCUUUGAGAGAUGGUAGAUUUAAAAACAUAUUUUUAUUCCAUCGCUGUUUUUGUCUUUGAAUGUGAGCAAGCCAUCUCUGUGUGUGUGUGUGUGUGUGUGUGUGUGUGUGAGAGAGAGAGAGAGCUUUCAUUAUUCUCCAUCUUUUGGGGUUUUGUAACAUCAAAGUGACCUUUACAAAUUUAUUUUAUCUGUACUUCUGUCUGCUUGAGUCAUAUAACCCGUUUUUUUUUUUUUUUCAAUAAAUAAAAUAUAUGAAUUAUA